AUGGCAUCAUCCCUCCUGCUUCUGGAUGCCAUCAUCCAGCGCGAACCUUUGAACAACCAUUUGCCACAAAACCCCCCAUCCGCAGGCGAAAGAAAGCGGUACACUCACAAAGCCAGCGAAUCGGUGGCCCAACUCGAGAUCGAUUUCGUUCUGAAACUCUGCGACUCCACCGAACUCGUUGACGAGGGCGUGACUCUUUUCCAAAGAGCGCGAGAUGCUGGCCACUUCAUCGGCAUGGAUUUUGGACAAACACAGCGGCCCCCCAAAGACUCGGCCUUCGUCAUACACAAUGAGGACAUGCUGACCAAGUGGUUGUACAAAGACGUCUUCGCCGGUGUCGUUUCUGGAUACCAGGAGACUCGCACAUACCAAGCGACCCGCACACCUACCAACAAACCCGCAGUCAAGAUAUACAAGCGGCACACAGACGUCCAGACUCUUUGCGAGCACACUCGCACGGUUGUCGCAAAGGCACAGCGUCAUUGCCCCAAGAGAAGCGUCCUUGCUGGACAAGAUUUCAAGUACUCUUUUCGCUGCGACAUGGAGAUCAGGAAAGGUACGCAACCGGGCAAGACCAUUGACGACGAGAGGAGUAAAGUCGUCUUGAACAUUGAGUUCAAGCAACCAUAUGUCAUACCAAUGGAAGCUUGGAUUCGGUCCGCACGACAAGGUGAUGGCGAACUCGGCGCUGGCAAGAAGAUCCUCGGUGGCAGGAAGACCGCCGCUGGCACGAGAACCAUCGCUAUACCCAGUGCCGAUGAACAGCCAGUCAUCAUCGCCCAUGACUACACUGCCGGCAACUAUCAAAUCAAUGACAUUUCGAACCCGGAUGUCUAUCUGGAUAUCGACGACACCAAAACUCGAGUCACCUAG